ACAGAUCGCAGUAACACUUUAAAAGCCUGACUCCCUCUCCCUCCACACAUUCCCUGGUCUCGUUCCAUCCUCCACUCUGCUCCGGCCCAUCCCGGACAGCCUCCCUUCUCUUUCCUAACCAGCAGCCUGAGGAGCCCAGGUGGGACCCAGAACUUCAGCUCCAGGAUGUUGACGAAGUUUCUACCACUGCUGCUGCUGCUCCCUGGCCGUGCCUUUUGUAACUCCGAUGGCUCCCAAAGCCUGCACAUGCUCCAGAUCUCCUACUUCCGAGACCCCUAUCAUGUGAGACAUCAGGGCAACGCCUCUUUGGGAAAAUUCCUGACACACACGCUGGAAGGCCCGAGCAAAAACAUCACCAUUCUUCAGCUGCAGCCCUGGCAGGAUCCGGAGAGCUGGUCUCGCACAGAGAAUGGCCUGCAGCUCUACCUGUCCCAGUUCGAAAGUCUGGUCCAGUUGGUGUAUCGAGAGCGCAAGGACAGCGUGUUCUUUCCUCUCACAGUUAGCUGCUCCCUGGGCUGCGAGCUGCCGCAGGAGGAGGGCUCUGAACCACAUCUCUUCUUCGAUGUGACUGUGAAUGGAAGCGCCUUUGUAAGUUUCCAGCCAAAGACUGCCAUAUGGGUGACAGGCUCCCAGGAGCCCUCCAAAGUGGUCAACUUCACCCUGAAGCAGCUCAAUGCCUACAACCGGACUCGGUUCGAGCUGCAGGAAUUUCUGCAGGACACCUGUGUGCAGUACCUGGAGAAACAUAUCACCACGGAAAACACGAAAGGGAGCCAAACGGGCCGCUCGUACACCUCACUGGUCCUGGGUAUCCUGAUGGGCUGCUUCAUAAUUGCUGGAGUGGCCGUGGGCAUUUUCCUGUGCACAGGUGGACGGCGUUGCUAAUUAUUCUCCAGGCCCCUCGGAGAAAGGGUUGAACUGGUGGGGGCUGGUAAGGGAAGAUUGCAGCUCAUAUGAAGCCAAACAGACUCCCCCAGCGGGGCCACCGUAUCUCAAGAGGUUUUGAGCAACAGCUCAAAACAGCAUCUGCCUAAGUGUGAGAGGAAGGGAUGUGAGGAGGGUGAGAAGGGAUGAGGGAGGGUGGGACAAAGUAACUGGUUUGUAAAGAACUUGAGACCAUGCAUGCUUUGUGUAGCUGCUCUGAGAAGUGGGUGCUUAUUGUGGAAAUCAGAUGAUAGACUUGGGGGGGGAGGCUGGGCCAUCGGUGACCUCCCAGAAAAGGCAGAUUUACUGAAGGCGUUCAAAACAUCUAACUAAAUAAAAAGAGUUGUCUGUAACCAAAAUAAAACAUAUUUAAUGUGUCCAGGUAUGUCCAACUUGGGAAGGGACACUGGUAUGAUAGGGCAGAAAGAACCACAAAAAUGUCACAGUUGUAAGAUUAAACAAUAUGGGAGUAGUGAAUUAAUAAUUAAAUAUUAAAUUUCUUAUUUAUGUAAAAGGUAUACUUAUGUCUUCUAUUUUAUUAAAACUUCUGAAAAAAAUAUAGCCAUA